UUGGUCGAAUGACAACCACCCUCCACAAUCCUUUCGUUUGUCUUCUGAAACAUGUAAAACCUGCAAGUGGUGAAGUCCCUUUUUUGUAGCAGCAUAGCAUUAUAUAUCGGUGAAGCUUGUCAACGUGGUCGAGGAGCAAGGUACAAGCAAGGAGAAAAGGAAAAUUUCAUUCUUCAUAUUUGAAAACGAUAGAGAUUACAAUGAGGAAAGUAACGUACACAAUGAUCGCCUUCCUAUUGGCAUGUGCAGUUGCCAUUAAUAUUUAUAUAUUGGCAUCGGAAAGGCAUCAAGCAAGACUCGAACGCGCCAAAAACAUCCGACACACCCGGAAGGAAUACAACAAAACGGAAGUAGGAAAGCAGGAACCACUAGGCCUUGGCAGUAAUGCAGUGGUUCGAAACUCAGACGUGUCAAACCGUAAAACGUCAUUGCUCGACAGUAUUAAUCCUGACAUCAUCAGGAUGGCGCCAGAGGUCUUCAAAACAGUUCCUCGCCGGUUUCUGCCAGAUUUCAAGAACCCGUGUUGGCACGACGAACAUAAUGAACUAUUCUGCUUACCGUAUUUCUACGUUAUUGGCCUGCACAAAUGCGGAACGACUGACCUGUGGUCUAAACUCAUUCAACACCCGGACGUUGUGGACACAGUCCUCAAGGAACCACAUUGGUGGGGUAAACGGAGACACGGUUCCAUGGAUUAUACUCUGAUACCACCACACAAGAAAGAAGCUCGUAUGGUACGCCGUAUGUUAACAUAUGGCAAGGAUGAUUCUUCUUUCGACUGGUAUCUCACCUGGUUUAAGAUGCUUGGAGUUGAUUCGGUGGAGUCGAAUCCCUCACGGAACGUUUUCGGCGAUGCUUCGAUCAGCACUGCUUUCAGCGUGGGUAAAUCCUGGGGCUCUGAACAUAGGAACUAUACCAAUGCUGAUCUAAUCCACGCAAUCCAACCACGCGCUAAGAUAAUUCUGCUCACUAGAAACCCAACCAAAAGAUUCUUCUCCGAAUACUUCUAUAAAUCUGCGAACAAACAUAAAACUCUAGCAGACUUACACAAGCAGGCUAAGUUUGAAGUCACAUGUUUCACGGCCUGUCUUCGAAGAUAUUCAGAACGACACUGCACUUUCAAGAGGCCAUGUGGCACGUCUAUGUCAACUAUUCACCUAGCAAUAGCCGAAGAGUGGAUGAGAGUAUUUGGUCGUGAGGGAGUGUACGUUCUUAGACUAGAGGAUUGGCAUAAAGAUAUGGCGGGCGAAUUUAAGAGGGUACUUCGAUUCUUAGAACUUCCUGCUCUCACUGAAGAAGAGAUCUCGCAGAUCACGAGACAAAAGGCUGCGAACGUGAAUGUUCGAACGGCCCACCUCACCAUGUGGAACAAAACCCGCGAUAUCCUACAAAACUUCUUCAAGCCUUUUAAUCGAAGAAUGGCCAAAUUUAUGGAUGAUGACAGGUUUCUCCAGUACAACGAAUUAUGAAAGAGAGUGUGUUCUUCAUUUAACUGCAAAAGUAUAUAAUCAGAGAUUCCUUGCCAACGUGUUUCAUUUUGAAUAGAACCUUCGAUAUUUUACUUCUUGGUAUCUGAUCAAAUCCGCCAUGAUUGGAGGUGCCGUGGCCGAGUGGUCUAAGGCGCCUGGCUAUACAUUAAAAGUCCGGGGUUCGAUCCUCGGCCGCGGCAUCUAUGCCCAUGAGCAAGGCAAUUUCAUCUGCAAUGCUCUUUUAUCCUGCUUUCAAACUAUGGAAAUGCUUUAUGCACUA